ACAUCGCCGCGAACGCCACCAACACCGCCGUAGUCGACGUCGCUUAUAUUUCGUCCACCCAAAAACCCCGUGUCUACACUCCACCGGCGCGCUUCGCUCAAGAUCGCUGUUGAUCCAGCAUUGCAGACACGCUGCCACCUUCUCCGAUCCCCUCUCGGCCCCCCGAGAAUCACUACAAGCCGCCGAAAUGGGCGUCGACGAAAAGACACGGGCGUCGGGCGAGGGCCCUCGGGAGUCGAAUGGCGCCAUUCUUCCCACUGUCAACCCCAGUGCUGAGAAGGCCCAGCCAGCAAAGUCGUCCUUACAUCCUGCGUUUUACGUGACUAUCUGGAUUACUUUGAGCUCGUCGGUCAUAUUGUUCAACAAAUGGAUUCUCUCCACGCUUGGGUUUGACUACCCCAUCAUUCUCACAACCUACCAUUUGGUCUUCGCGACGAUCAUGACCCAGCUUCUUGCUCGUUACACGACCCUCCUCGAUGGCCGGAAGUCCGUCAAGAUGACGGGCCGUGUCUAUCUACGAGCCAUCGUCCCGAUUGGUUUCUUCUUCAGCUUGAGCUUGAUCUGCGGAAACCUCACCUAUCUUUACCUCAGCGUUGCCUUCAUCCAGAUGCUCAAGGCCACGACUCCUGUUGCGGUCCUUAUCGCCAGCUGGUCUCUGGGUGUUUCCACGCCCAACUACAAGGUCUUCCUCAACGUCUUGGUCAUCGUCGUCGGUGUCAUCAUUGCAUCCGUUGGCGAAAUCAAGUUCGUCUGGAUUGGUGUCAUCUUCCAAAUUGGCGGCAUCAUCUUUGAGGCUCUCCGCCUUACGAUGGUACAGCGUCUCCUCAGCUCGGCCGAGUUCAAGAUGGACCCUUUGGUCUCUCUGUACUAUUUCGCACCCGUCUGCGCCGCGAUGAACUUUUCCGUUGCCCUCUUUCUGGAGGUCCCGAGGAUCACGAUGGAUGAGGUUUACGGUGUGGGGCUCUUCACGCUAUUCCUGAACGGCCUCUGCGCAUUCCUGCUCAAUGUCUCAGUUGUAUUCCUAAUUGGAAAGACAUCUGUGCUUGUCCUCACCCUCUGCGGUGUGCUGAAGGACGUCAUGCUCGUCGCCGCUUCCAUGCUCAUUUGGGGCACUCAAGUGACAGGUCUCCAGUUCUUCGGCUACAGCAUUGCCCUGGGCGGCAUGAUUUACUACAAGCUUGGCUACGAGACGCUCAAGAACUACGCUGGCGAGGCUGGCCGCCAGUGGGCCGAUUUCGGAAACCGGCAGCCGAUUCUCCGCCGCCUUGCCACGAUCACCCUUGUCCUGUUGACUCUAUUCGUCCUCCUCGGGGGUCUCGCGCCCACUUACGCACCUGGGAUGGAUGCUGCUAUGGACGCCGCCCUAAGUGAGGCAAAGUCGAAGAUCAUUGGAAAGCAAUGAAGGUAGCAAUGCUGUGUGUGGUCAGGAUAAAGACCGAGAUCAACCUAUUAAUUCUUUCGACCAUACGAAUUUAAUGCGAGCCAGCC